AGUGUGAUAAAAGUGCGUGCGCCUUCAGCGUGUAUCUGUCUAGGUGUGUGUGUGUGUGUGUGUGUGUGUGUGUGUGUGUGUGUGUGUGUGUGUGUGUGUGUGUGUGUGUGUGUGUGUGUGUGUGUGUGGAUAGGGGGGGGGCUUCUUCCAGGUUUUGCUCAGUGGUUUUCUGGAGGAGACUCGAGCGGACGCACGCGGCUGCGGGAGUGGAUUAGGAGCAGAACCACCGGGAGACGCGCGUGCCAUUACGCAUCGGACAACUGCGGAGUGAAUUGGUUUAACUGGCGCGGACACACACUCACACACACGCGCACAUUAUUACCGUAGAUUUCGCUCACGUUAAUACGAGCGAGCAGACGGGAGCGACGCGGCGUGACGUCCCCGUGUCUGAGCGUGCACCGGGGGCACGCACCGUCUCACACCGACCACCGGGGAAAGUUGGAGUAACGUGGGCGCGCGGUGCGGGAGGCAGCGCCCGCAGAUUUGGACGUGCACACUUCUCCGCUCAUGGACCGAGCUCACCGGACCAACCGAGGACCCUCCGGUCGGAACAUGUGGAUCUUAACGGUGCGCGGGGCUCCGGUCCCCGUUAAGGUGUUUCCUCGCUCCGGUCUGUCGGCGGCAGCUUCACCGGGAGAGAGAGAGUGAGGGAGAGACACCGGGAGAGAGCAGGGUGAUCCGGAGCGCGUGCGUGACAGAGAGAGAGAGAGAGAGAGAGAGAGAGAGAGAGAGAGAGAGAGAGAGAGAGAGAGAGAGAGAGAGAGAGAGACCCUGUGUUCAGAACCGUGGGAAUUAAACCGGAACCGAAAUGAUCCUGAUAAAUAUCAUCACUGUGGUGUUUGUGUUAGAUGUGUGUGUGUGUGAGUCCGAGCUCGGCCCCCCCGGCUGGAGGGAACCUCUGGACUGUGUCCGAGCCUCAGAACUGUGCAACCAGAACAGCCAGUGCAGCUCACGCUACCGGAUCAUGCGCCAGUGCCUGUCCGGCGGGGACAAGGAGCGCAGCACCAUGCUGGCCUCCAAGGAGUGCCAGGGGGCGCUGGAGGUGCUACAGGACUCGCCGCUGUACGACUGCCGCUGCAAGAGAGGCAUGAAGAAAGAGCUGCAGUGUCUGCAGAACUACUGGAGCAUCCACAUGGGCCUGACUGAGGGGGAAGAGUUUUACGAGACGUCCUCAUUUGAGCCGAUCCAUUUCUCCGAGGGAUACCGACACGCAUCCAUCAUCUCAGAUUCGUCCUUGUCGAAGAUGAGCCCCUGCUCGGAAGCGGGGAAACCCUGUAACCCCUGCCUGGACGCGGCGAAGGCGUGCAACCUCAACGAGACGUGCAAACGUCUGCGAUCUGCCUACAACUCCAUCUGCAGCAAGGCCACGCCCCCGCAGUCAUCCUUGGCCAAUCAGGAGCCGUGCAGCCGGAAAAGGUGUCAGAAGGCUCUGCGGCAGUUUUUCGAGCGGGUUCCGUGGGAGCUGAGUUACCCGCUGCUGUUCUGCUCCUGCCCCGACCAGGCGUGUGCCGAGCGCCGCCGCCGCACCAUCGUCCCGUCCUGCUCCCACCAGGAGAGGCACCGGCCCGUCUGCCUGGAGCUGCGACACAUCUGCCGCUCGGACGCUCUCUGCAGGUCUCGACUCGCUGAUUUCCACAUGAACUGCCAGAUGACGCCUCACACCGUCACCAGCUGCCCUCACGACAACUACCACGGCUGCCUCAUGUCCUACGUGGGCCUCAUCGGCUCUGACGUGACACCGAACUACAGCGACAGCAGCCCGUCCAACAUCACGCUCAGCCUGUGGUGCACCUGCAGGGGCACAGGAAGUGAGGAGCGAGAGUGUGAGGCCUUCCACCGCGACUUCACACACAACGCCUGCCUCAAAAACGCCAUCCAGUCGUUUGGGUACGGCUCAGAGGGAGGGACUCGUCAAGUGACCGAGCCCACGUCCACCUUCUUCCCCCCCGCCCAGCCGCCAAUCAUCUCCAAACCUGCUCCUGCUCUCCACGGCAACACAAUCAAACCCAUGGACAGUGCGUGUAUGUUCUCCACCUGUGCCAACCUGCAGGAUGGAGGACAGAAGUGCGUCCCCUCUGAUGAGUACGAGUGUGAAGAGGCUCUGUUGGCUCAGGAGUCAAUAGACUCUCAGGACUCCGCAGGUCCGAAGAGCAGCAGCCGCCACUCAGCUCCACUCCUCCACCACAUCUCUGUGACUGUGUGUGUGUCCGUCCUGCCAACGUUUCUACUCUACAUCUCAUUAAUGUGAACUGAAGCACACACACACACACACAACACACACACAAACACACACACACACACACACACUCUCACACACACACACACAUUCAAAGUCCUAAAUGGCAAGACCCCAUGAAAGUCACGUGACUCGGCGCCGCUCGCUUCGGGAAAAUGUCAAAUGGGAGACGUCCAAACAUCAACAACGGCCUUUUCGAGGAGAAGGAAAUCCUCUGGAGGACAUUCAGAUCCGCUGUCCACACACACACACACACACACACACACACACACACACACACACACAAUGAAGAAGAAGAAUGGAGGAAGAGGAGGCCAGACUGUGAGACGGACAGAGCGGCAGAGCGAUGAAGAAGAGAAGCUCAGAGACACUCAGGCUCUUUGGAUCUGCUCUGCCAGCGCUCGCUGUCUGGAGGGUUCGUGUGCUUUCUUGUGCCGCUCGGCUCCGACUCGCUUCCUCUAGCUUCUUGGAUCUGAGACAACUGGGCUGAAAAGCGAAGGGACUUUGGCUCAAGCACAAAACCACACAGACACACACCCCAACAAAAAGACACACACACGCACACACACACACACACACACACACAACAAGUCUUAAAGUCAGCGGCCUGAGAGAGAGACGGGAUUUGGAGGCCGGAGAUGGGACGGAUCCUCGCACGGUGUUUGUCAGCUCAGUUCAUCACUGCCCUCCACCUCUCUGUGGCAACACAAGUAUACUGCACACAUACCGAGCACAAACACACACGUGUACACACACACUCCGUCAACCUCCCCUUAGACCUCGUUAGCGGGUAAACAGGGUCCACACGCACACGCACACGCACACGCACACACACGCACACGCACACAGACACACACACACAGACACACAUACACACUCUCAUGCUGUUCACCAGUGUGCUUUUUGCAGGUCUUUAUCUUGGUUUUUGUUUUGUCCACAUUCUGUAUAAACUUUAUUUAAUGUGGAAUAUGAAAAGACCAAGAGUCUCAAUGAAAGAGUGUAGAUUUCACUUCAUUCUGUUAGUGUAAAGUUGUGUGAGUGAGUCCUCUGUGUGUGUGUGUGUGUGUGCGUGUGUGUGUGAGGAUUUGACUCUUAUAAGCAACUGAAACCAUAUUGUGAACGUGUAUCACUACUGACUGCUUGAUGUCUACAGAUCCUCUCCUGUCAUUGAUUAAACCCUGAAAACUAAA